ACACAACAUUCUAGGAACUCCAAUCUCGUCGCAGCUUUAUGAUGGACAGCCGCCGUGUAACGUGACGCGACCGCAGAAGCACAGGUGAUGUCUGGGGAUGAGUGGCAUUGAACUACAAGCAGUCCGCUAGUGAAAGUCUCUAGACUCCGACCUGUACCACGCAAUGGCGGAUUUAGCUGUAAAUAAAUAGUAACGACAAUCAUUGACUCUACAGUAGCCAUGGCGACGGUGACCAAAUGUUCAAGUCAUUAAUGUUUCGUUGUAGCAUACCAGUACCUAUUUUAGCAGCAUCAAAGUAGAGUUAUUUGUAUGCAAUUAUUUCUUGACUUUUAUUAUAUGCACCUCGGAAACAAUACGGGUGUCUGGACCUCGGUGACCUCAUUGUUGGGUACGUUCAUGAAGACAGUUACAAAAUGAAAAGCAUGCCAACACAGAAUUUUCCAAUGGGUGGCGCUGUUGUAAUCCUAUAGGAGAGGAUAACGUUCCACUGGAUGAUUGGUAAAUCGUUAUUGACCUAAAUAAUUGUAAAUCUCUUACCCACUGUCAUUCCAUGGGAACAGUUAGCCGUUAUAUUAUCUUGAAAUAGCGUACUGCCAUUUAUCAGACUUACAUUUCCAGCGAUGGGAUCAGGACACAAAUUAUGCAUAAUCUAGACUAGGUGUAACCACAAGCAGCCUAUUUAUUAAUCAGACUUCAAAGAGUCUACACUCCCACACACCUUCACCUCAUGUUUUUAUGCUUACGAGUUAUAAAGUAAAACAAUUUACAGAUCUCGAAUAGACAAACAAUAAGCUAAAUAAUUGACCAAAGAGAUCUGGGGACGAACUUCAAAGGAUAUUUUCAAAGUUAAUUUUAGAACACGAGAUAUUUGGAUGUCAAUAGAUUUCUGACAUUCCGUUAUGUAGGCCAAGCAUCUGGGCUAUACAUCAUUUCAAUGAUAACAAAUGACAUUCGUUCUUAAACGCGUCGAGUUACAUUUUAUUCCGAUGUGAUUUCCAAAUAAAAGAAACCGCCUGGGGUUCGUGGACGCGCGCUCCAUUCGCUUAUGCUCGUCCACGUCUUUAUGGGAAAGUCUCAAUGGAAAAGUCUUUCCCUUCUGGAUUAGCUGGAGAAGCUAGCUAGCUAAAUAGUUUCAGUUCCAGGUCUGACAAGAAAACCAACACUAAUGGGGGACAUUUAGUGCCAUAUGUGGAUAUGUCAUUACCGCUCAUUUUAAGCUGCUUUUCAUGCUAAGGUAUCCAUUUUUGCUCCGUUUAGACUGGACUGAGGCGUAGCGUAGCUUGCUACAGAUACUAACAGCUGGAUGGUGGAUACUUUAUGCUAAGCUAACGACAGCCUAUUGCGGUCUGUCUUGUCUCGGUAGUUAGCUAACUAUCGUAGCAUAACAUUUAGCUUCCUCAAUGUUUUUAAGGGGUGCACACGGUCUUGAAGAGCACUGAAGUAUUAAGAUGUUAUUUAAACCAACCUCUGGUUCUUUCGUCGCCUGUGGUUCGUGAUAAUGCGACGUUUUGGUGUGAACUGGGGAGCCUUUUGGAUUUGGAAUAGCGGUAACUUCGCUGUGAAAUGCUAAUGUUGCUGAAUCCACUUUAAAAUAAGAAUGGAGCGGAGUUUAGGGGCAUCAGCUGUUGGACUUUUGCCCUCCACCCCAGGGACCCAUGACACAUGUGAUCGAGCUCUGAGGGGUGAUGACAUCAUGGCUGAGCUGGCCAGGGGCCUCCACCCCCGAGAGAGACCUGACUGGGAGGAGACCAUCAGUGCCAUGGCACGGAGUGCUGAGGUUCCUGAUUUUCGCACUAGCAGCAAUACAGCCAGCAUGAAGGUCAAGAGUGUCAAGAAGUUAUCUUUCAGUAAGGGUCACUUUCCAAAGCUUGCUGAAUGUGCCCAUUUCCACUAUGAGAAUGUGGAUUUCGGAAACUUACAGCUCUCUCUUGCUGAUGAGCAUAGUGAAAUCACGCGGAAUGGCCUGGAGACCAAGGAGUGUGUGUACCUGGUGCAGAUACACUGUCAGGGCCGAAAUUGGAUAGUUCGUCGGAGCUAUGAAGACUUCCGCAUCCUCGACAAGCAUCUUCAUCUGUGCAUCUACGAUAGACGCUACUCACAGCUACCAGAGCUCCCUAGAGAGCAACCAGAGGCUAUUUCCCAGAUGCUGAUUGGUUAUCUCACCCGCCUGUCGGCCAUCGCCGACAACAAGAUCAACUGUGGGCCCGCCCUCACCUGGAUGGAAUUGGAUAAUAAGGGCAACCACCUGCUGGUCCAUGAGGAGUCUUCCAUUAACGUUCCUGCCAUCGCAGCUGCUCAUGUCAUCAAGCGCUAUAACGCACAAGCAUCCGACGAGCUCUCCUUUGAGGUGGGGGAUAUUGUGUCUGUGAUAGACAUGCCUCCUAAAGAGGACACCACCUGGUGGAGAGGAAAACAUGGAUUCCAGGUUGGCUUCUUUCCCAGUGAGUGUGUGGAGCUCAUCAAUGACAAAAUCCCCCAGUCAGUUAACAGCUGUGUUUCAAAGCCAGCAUCCCCUGGUCUUCGCCCGGCUUCCUGGUACCUCUUCCCACCCUAUUUGGAGAUGGAGACAGUCAAACAGCAGGACACAAACAUGAACUCAGUCUCAAAGAAACACGGGAAGCUGAUCACCUUUCUGCGUACCUUCAUGAAGUCUCGGCCCAGCAAACAGAAGCUGAAGCAGCGGGGCAUCCUGAAGGAGAGAGUGUUCGCCUGCGACCUGGGGGAACACCUGCUCAACUCAGGACAGGAUGUUCCUCAGGUACUGCGGAGUUGUGCAGAGUUCAUUGAGAAACAUGGAAUUGUGGACGGGAUUUACCGGCUAUCUGGAAUCGCCUCAAAUAUCCAGAAGUUACGGCAUGAGUUUGACUCAGAGAUCAUCCCUGACCUGACCAGAGAUGUGUACAUCCAGGACAUCCACUGUGUGGGCUCCCUCUGCAAACUCUACUUCAGAGAGCUGCCCAACCCGCUGCUCACGUACCAACUCUAUGAGAAGUUCUCCGAUGCUGUUUCUGCAGCAACAGAUGAUGAACGUCUCAUCAAAAUUCAUGAUGUCAUUCAACAGCUGCCGCCCCCACACUACAGAACAUUAGAGUUUCUGAUGAAGCAUCUCUCCAGCUUAGCGACCUGCAGCUCGAUCACCAAUAUGCACGCCAAGAACCUGGCCAUCGUCUGGGCCCCCAACUUACUGAGGUCUCGUCAGAUUGAGUCGGCGUGUUUCGGCGGUCCUGCUGCCUUUCUGGAGGUGAGGAUCCAGUCUGUAGUGGUGGAGUUCAUCCUCAGCCAUGUGGACGUCCUCUUCGGAGCCAAACUCACAGGCCACAGCUCUCUGUCGCGGCCCAAGUCUCUGCUGCUGGGGGGGUUGUCUGCGCGGCUGCUGUCCCUGGAGGAGGCCCAGGCUCGCACCCAGGCCCAGAUCAGCAGCCCCGUCACCCCCCACAGCAGGUACAUCGAGGUGGGGGAGGGACCAGCUGCCCUGCUGGGCAAAUUCCACACCGUCAUCGACUUCCCCACCGAAAGGAAACGGCAGCCCAUCAAAUCCAGGAAGUCUCCAGUGGGCAGCUGGCGCUCUUUCUUCAGCCUGGGAAAGUCCUCUUCAUCAUCGUCAUCCUCUUCCUCCUCAGCACUCAACAAGAGGAAACUACGGCGUAACCCCAGCGAGCCCAGCGAGCUCAAGUCAAUGGCUCUGACAGGAGGUCGAGGGGAGACUGGGACUCUGCGCUCAGCCAAAAGUGAAGAGUCUCUCACUUCUCUGCACAACGUAGAAGGUGAGUCUAAGCUGUACCGGCCUCGUCGGCCACGCUCCAGCAGUGAUGCCCUCUCCUCGUCCUUCGGCGCCGCCCUGCUGGCCAGCCAACAGCACUGCGCCUCCUACGACAACUUGUGCAACAGCAGCCAGCACGACCAUGAGCAUGACGACCGUGACCAUGACGACAGUGACCAUGACGAUCGGCCCAUAUUCUGCGUGCCAGCGCUCAUCUCCUCGCCCCCCAUUGCCACGGAAACCGACCUGGAGCUGAUGCCGCCAGAGGUUGGCAUGGCGACGCUGGACUUUGACCCCAUGUCGUUUGGGCUGGCGUCUCCGCUGCUGAGCGAACGAGAGACGGCCCUCAUCUCCACGGCGACGGAGGAGAGGAAGGAGGAUGCGCGGUCCAGCGCUGCUCCGCAGAGUCCAGAUAGAACGCGUGGAGCUCUUGAUUUCUUCUUCGCCCCCCUCCAUCCCUCCUCCUCCUCCUCCUCCUCCGUCGUCACGGCGCCACCCCCCUCAGUGGAGACCCCGCCCCUGUCGCCCCCCCCACCCCUCGGUGCUGAGGCGGAGUCGGCCCACAAUGAGGCGCUGCUGCUCGACCUGCAGAGAGCAUCACCACUGCACAUCGUUACCAUGGAGACUGACAUCAUCCGACAACCAGCUGACCUCAGCAUCGCCACAGAAUCAGAACUCCAGAAGCCCCUAGUUCUGCCCCUCCCUGCUCUCAGCUGCCCCCCCGCCCCCCGUAAGCUGCAGUUUGUGCUGGAGGAGCUGGAGGAGCAGGAGCCGCCCCUCCCGGUGACGCCCCGCUGCCGCGACACCCCCUCCCCUCUCUCCCCGCUCCGCGCCGACGACCUGCUCAGCUCCCUGGACUGGCCCACGCCCCCCUCUCUCGGCGUCGCCGUGGCAACCCUCAGGUCUGCCUCCCCUGCCAAACCCACUGACCGCCCCACGGUUGCCAUGGUGCCUGACAGCCCCGUAGACAAUCACCACGCCCAGCCUCAGCCAAGCGCCGCGCCAGCCAAUGACACUGCUGCUUCCGUCGGCUCCCCUGCUCAAGCCACGCCCACUCGCCACCAAACCACGCCCACUGCUAGACAAGCCCCGCCUGCUCUCAGCCAAGCACCACUUGCUCUCAAUCAAACUACUCCAGCCAUGACCACGCCCACUGAGACCACGCCCACCCAGGCCACACCUACUCAGGUGAAGUCCACGCCCGUGUCAUCAGGCCCCGCCUCUCCCCCAUCCAGCCCAGUGCGUCAGCCAAUGGCAGUGGACCCUGCCCCGGCCCCAGCCUUCGCUGCAGCUGCCCCCACCCCUGCUGCUGCCCUGGGCGUAACUGCCCCACCCUGCUCCGCUGUUGCCCCCAGCUCCAGCAGCAGAGAGCGGGGGUGUGUGUCUCCUCCACGCCCUGAGCCUCACCCAACCGCCCCGGUCCCAGUGCAGACCCUACCUCACGCCCCCCUCAGACCCUCGGAGCACCCCGUCCCAGUGCAGACCCUACCUCACGCCCCCCUCAGACCCUCGGAGCAUCCCGUGGCCGUGCUGCAGCCGCAGCCUCAGACCCCCAAGCCCCAGCCCAGCGCCCGGGCGCUCCCCCCCUCGUUGGAGAAGCCCUGGGAGGCCAUCAAGCCGGUGCAGCCGCGGAUGGAGACUGCCCCCUACCAGCACUUCCACCAGCACCCCCCCCCUGGCCCAGCGCCCCCCCCGCCGCCCCCCGUGCGCUCCAUCGAGAGCAAGCUGGCCACGGCCGCACUCAGCCGAGAAGACAGCGCCGCUUACCACGCCUUCCUGGAGGAGGAGCCACCGCUGAGCCACACCCUCCCCCGUAAGUCCGCCUACGUGUACCAUGCCCAGGGCGAGCACGUGCUCCUGGACCCGGCCGCCGACGCCUACUACCCCCCCCACCCCAGGGUGGUUCCCCUCGGCCCGGCCUCGUUGGGGUACCAGUACCGGGCCGACCCGCUCCCGCUGGGCUACGCCAGCGACGUGUCGCGCUACGCCACCAUCGGGCCCCGCUCCUAUCACCACUCCCUCAAGUCCCAACGGCCCACCAGAGCCGAGUACCUCCCCUCCCCUGGCACCGCCUCCCUCCACCGCAGCCACGGUUACGCUCACGAGAGCGCCGCCUACCCCAGUAUCCGCCGCGUGCACUCGCUCCACACCCCCACGGUGGUCCGAGGCCCCCCCGUCUCCAGAACCGAAGUUCCUCCGCCAGACGAGGAGAUGUUCUACUACCAGCGUUCCGCACACCGCUGCCACGGUUACCUGCCGGCCGAAGCGCAGGACUACCACGUGACCCGGCUGCAGCCCUUCUUCGAGAACGGGCGGGUCCAGUACCGCUACAGCCCCUACUCGGAGCAGCACGCGCUGGACGGCCCUUGCUACGACCUGGACCCGUACGGAACCAUGCGGCUGCACCACUUCCACUCGUUUGGGGGCCGGGACCACGAGGGGGCCGGGGGCAGGGUGAAGUCGGGGGCAUACCACUACCUGCUGCACCAGCGGCACGCGGCACACACCCCCCAUCACCACCACGCCGGGGGGGUGAAGGAGCACGGCUUCGUGAGCCGCGACAUGCCCCCCGCCCACCUGCACACGCCCAAGGGAGGGGGGUGUCUGGCCUGGGACCCCCAGGAGGAGGCGGAGCGCCUGCGCGUGCACUCCCUCCGCCGCGAGAGCCGCACCCGGCAGAAGGUCCGGGGCCCCGUGCUCUCCCAGUACGACAACAUCGGCCCCUACAUGCCCUCUAACCCCCGCGGCCCCUCCGGCCCCGACGCGCUCCAGAACCUGUGCAGCAAGUCCGACCCGGGCAACGAGGCGCGCUACAACGUCACGCCGGAGACGGCCAUGCCGCGCUCGCUCACCGCAGACCCCGACGCCUUACCGUACAUGGAGACGGAGAAGCACGCGCACACCUACGCACACACUCACACACACACUCACACACACACGGGCCCCAAAGCGCCCGGCCCGCGCCCCUACCCCUCCCCCCAGCCGCACGGCCUGCAGCACCUUCCAGACGCCUCUCGGCCCGAGGACCCGCCUGAGUCUCGCCGGGGCGGACGGAGGCCAGAAGACGACCCGCUGCCCAAACCGGAGCGGAGCCACAGCCGAGGGCCCCCCCCGGAGCCGGACGCCUACCCCCGCCCCUCCCGACACACCUCCAGCACCCAGUCCCACUACGACAACCUGGACGACUACGGGCCCCUGCCAAGGCCCCCGCCCCAGGACCCUCUCUCCAGCCGAGGGGGGCCCGCACUGUUCCCCGGCCAGGCCUUUAUCCACCCCACUAGAGGCAGAGCCUACUCCACCGCCCUGGGCCAGGGGGCCUUCCUCCAGACCGACCCCCCACUGCAGAGGGUGGAGGCCGAGGUGAAGGCUGAGUGAAGUAGCGUUAGCCCAGAGCUAGCCUCUGCUAACCGCUAGCUCAGCCCAGAGCUAGCCUCUGCUAACCGCUAGCUCAGCCCAUGGUAACUCUGCUAACCGCUAGCUCAGCCCAUGGUAACUCUGCUAACCGCUAGCUCAGCCCAUGGUAACUUUGCUAACCGCUAGCUCAGCCCAUGGUAACUCUGCUAACCGCUAGCUCAGCCCAUGGUAGCCUGUGGCUCAGUUUAAACACACACACCUCUCUCUCCCAGCAGUCAAUGUUACUACAUUCUCUAUAUCAAUACUAUACCUGAAUGUAGUUGCAAUAUCCAUGGAACUCCUCCAAUUUCGAGAACAACACUUGUGGCGGACUUGUGGUACUGUAAACCUGACCCCCUCCAGGGUCGGCUGCUGUGGAUGGAGGGCUUUUUCUGGUCCUAAAACUGCCGUGUUUGUCUUAAGAUUUUGAACUGUUUGCUAUGAAAAGACAAAUCUGUGAAAGGGCAAAGGUGAAAGUUGAAAGGUUCUCAGCCUCUGCCGGACAGUGGACUGGUCUCCUGAGUGUUUUUGACGGGAGUUUUCUAUAUAGCUGUACAAAUAUAUACAUUACAGAACUUUAUACCAAACUGAAUGUACCAUAGCAUACAUUAUCCAGCUCUACACAUCAGCCUUGCGCCAGCGGCCUGCGCUGACUGUGGUCUCCCGUGUGUGUGGUACAUCUCCUCUAACUGACUGACUGACGCGGUACGCCAGGCCGAGGCGUAGAGGAACCCCGUGUGUGGGGGGGUCCAGAGUAACAUCUACUGUUUAGAGAUUUUCCUUUGUUUGGUUUUUAGCGUAGUGCUGGGCGGGGCGUUGACAUGACGAUUGAUGAAAAUGCAUGCUCUCUUGUUUACAGAAACGAUCUGUGUGUGCUGCUCCACUCAAUGUGUGUGUACUGGAUGUUGAAGUGUGUGUGGUGUGUGUAGAAGGGAAGACCCUCUGUCCCCCACAGGACAUUGGGCCUUGUGGUGCAGACCACGGCCGCUCACAUCUCAAGCGCUGGGAAAUGUGACAUUUGAUUCAUUAUCUCAGCUGUCAUGGUAGCGUUUAUUUGAUUCAUUUUCUCAGCUGUCAUGGUAGCGUUUAUUUGAUUCCUUUGUAAGAGCACCGCACUCCUCGGCUCAGUGGUGGCUGGGGUGCAGAUCUCUCCGUGAAGAGGACCAAAUGUUUGGGGUGGAACUGGAGUUUGUUUUCUGUAGCUUUGCUAGGGGAGGCUAGCUGGAUUGAGGCUAAUGAGGCUAAUGCUAGCUGGUUUGAGGCUAAUGCUAGCUGGUUUGAGUGCUAAAGAGGCUAAUGCUAGUCUACGGUUGCUCUCGUGGCCCUCAACAACCCUUGAGCUCUCAGUGGAGUACAGUACACCUCCCCUCGACCCCCUUAAGCUCUCAGUGGAGUACAGUACACCUCAACAGGUCGGCUGAUAAUGCAGCGGGUUCAGCUCCACACCAGGUCUGGACUCAGUAUUCGACUCGGAGUUUAAAAUACUCAGAAAGGUUGUGACUGCAACAUGUUUCCAGCGACUUGAUUGGUCCUGUACUUUUCAGAGAAUAUUAUGAAAAUUCUUAUUUUUCAUCAAUCGCAACAUUCAUUUUGGUGAUGUGUGAAAUGUUUGCACCCCCGAAAAGUUCAGUGUUAAAGUGGUUUAUGAAUUCAACCUCAUUUGGUUACUAGUCAGCCGGAGGUGAUGUUUUACAUUUGUUUUUGUCUUAAUCGGAUUUACUUUUCUGAGAAUGUAGGGAAGAGUUCUCAUGCCCUGUGUCGCAGAGGAUGCUGGGUAAAUAAACAACACAACUUAUACCUGAACAAUAACCACUCAAAAUUAAACCUUUUUUUAGCUGUGGUAGACUUAAAAAAAAAUGCAAAUGCCAAUCUUGAUUUUGUUUUCCGAGUAGUGAAUAAUUAAUGUUAAUUCCAUCUUAUUUAUGUUGAAAUGUGUUUUCAGACUUGCCAAAUAGAAUAAGAAACCAGUUACUCUUGAAAUCCGUAAGUAAAUGUAGGUCAACCCCCACCCUGACUCCUGCAGCGAGAACAUCCGUGUUCCGCUCAUCAUCACAGCCAUGUCUGCAUUGCCAUGGCAACACAGGUGAAGACAGGUGUACCAGCUGCACGUCACCCCCCAUCCCCCAUCUUAGAUUACAUCAGCUGGGUUGCCAGGUUGGAGAUAUGCUCUGAGGACUUUUCUGGGUUUGGGGUUUUCAAUGUUGCUGGAUAUUAGGCUCACAAUAAAUGAAAAAAAUAUACUAAAUGAAAGUGUUCAACCUUUGCCAUGAAUUGAAACAUAUUUAUGCCCUCAAGUGUUCAUGUUUUCAGUAGUGCUACAUUUCCUCCGUGGUCAAUAAACUCAACUCUACUCCGAGCUAAA